AUGCCGUCCGCGUCCGAAAUCAAGCACGCCGAAGCGGCAGACGCGUCGUGGGAGGCGGCGCGCGGCGCCAUGUACGGCGCGGCCAAGUGGGGCGUGGCGUCGGCGGUGCUGGGCGGGCUCGGGUACAGCCUGUCGCCCAUCUACCGAGGGCUGACGAUCCAGUUCAAAGUAUACAUACAAAUGUCGGGCAUGGUGCUGGGCAGCAUGAUCGAGGCCGACUCGCGGCUGCGCGAGUACGAGGCGGCCAUGCGCAUGCGGCGGCGGAUUCUGCGCGACGAGGCCAUGUGGAAGAGCUUUGAGCAGCAGUAUGGCAAGGACGACGAGGACGACGAUGCGUGA